GUAGACAUUUACUAUUUAGUGCUUGAAAAGGUUCCCAUUCGCACUCUCGCACUACCUCUACACGGAUCUCAUCUGUCAGUCUUUAGAAAACCGAAUACCUAUUUAGUCACAAUCUAUCUCAAAAAACUGUGAUUGUUUACAAAAUAAUAGCAAAAAAAGUAUCCUCAAAACCGUGUGAACUUAACCCUUUAGUGCGCGGCUGUUGACGUUUCGUGCAACUUAGUCAUAAAGUUAACUAUAUUUUUUUAUCAUGAAUAAUUGAGAAAAUAUCACAAGAAAAUUAUUGCUAACGGUGGUGCUUUGUAGCUUUACAUAUUUUUAUGAUAGGUACCUACACAAAAAUUGGUAUUGUUUGUGUUACAUAAGUUCUGUCAAGUGCAUAGAACUGUCAACCCAGCUGGUGGUUGGAGGUUGAGUUGGUCAAGUUCAAGUGAUAAAUAAUUAUUAUAGGAAUAAAUACUCCUAUAAGAGAUAGUGAGUGACCUGUCAGUAGUCACAAGAGAAAUUAUUAAUCAAUAAAUCCAUAACUACCUGCGCUUUUUCGAAAUCAAAUUCUGGAGAGCUUAUUUGUGAUAUAAUAGAUACUAAAAAUAUUUAAACGACAAAACCAAUGCAUAUAUAAACGAAAUUUUAAUUUUAUAAACAAAAAAAAAAUGGUUACAAGUAAUUUUGACAAAUUUCGACUACUCCUAUGGAAGAACUGGAUCUUACAAUGGAAUCACAAAAUCCAACUUUGUGUAGAAUUAAUAUUACCAGCAAUAUUCUCCAUGCUUUUAGUUCUGGUGCGAACGUUGGUAGACAUAGAGUAUUCACCUGAAACGAGAUAUGAUCAACCAUUACCGAUAGACAAUCUUAAUUUAUUAAAGUCACUUUUUGGACGUUCGGCGAUACUCAGGAAAAUAAAAAGGAAGACAUUCCGGCCAAGUGCUAGUGUUUCAGCAAAAUAUUUAGAAAAACUAACCUACCAUCUGGCAUACACACCAAAUACAACAUGUUACGAAAAUAUCGUCAAAGAAGCAGCUGACAGCUUAAAUGUGACAUAUAGCGGUUAUAGCAGUGCUACAGAAAUGCAAAAUGUCCUAAUGAAUGAAACUUAUCUUGGUGGCAUUCAAUUUGAUGAUUCACAAAGUUGUUUUGAAAACUUAAAUUAUAAAAUUCGAUUUCCAAGCGAAUUAAGAACUUCGGCUGGAAGACAAGUUGCAACAUGGCUAACUAAUAUACUUUUUAUACCGUUCGAUCCAAUUGGUCCGAGAAAUCCUGACGAUGCAGAUGGUGGACUUCCGGUUGGAUAUUUAAGAGAGGGAUUUCUUCCCGUUCAGAAUGCAAUUUCGACAGCUUUUCUAAAACUUUCAGCUAAAAAUUUCACCGAUCAAGUAUUACCGAGAGUUGUAUUGCAGCGAUAUCCAUAUCCAGAAUAUACCAAUGAUCCGCUUUUAACUGGUUUGGCUUCGAUGAUGUCAUUUAUAAUUGUUCUCAGUUAUAUUUACCCGGUUACCUACACUGUUAAGUACAUUACAGCUGAAAAGGAAAAGCAGCUAAAGGAAGUCAUGAAGAUUAUGGGCCUUCAAAACUGGUUGCAUUGGACAGCGUGGUUCGUCAAGGGAUUCCUCAUGAUGGGCUUUUCGUCUCUCUUAAUCACAACUAUUUUGAUGAUAAAAUGGAGUGAAAAUGUUGCUAUUCUAACACACAGUUCAUUCACAGCAGUGUUUUUCUUCUUUUUAAUAUUCACCAUAACAACGAUAACAUUUUGCUUUAUGUUGGCAACUCUAUUCUCGAAAGCUAGUACUGCUGCAGCUAUAACGGGUCUUAUAUGGUUUAUUAUGUACAUACCGUAUACAUUUUUCCAGCUCAAUUACGAGAGUCUAACAUUGUUUACCAAACUGAUAUGGUCACUUCUUUGCAACACAGCUUUGAGUUUUGGCAUACGUGUCAUUAUUGGUUUCGAAAUCAAUGGUGAAGGUUUCCAAUGGAGCAAUAUGUUUACACCUGUCAAUGUUGAUGAUUCCCUAACGAUGGCUCACAUUUUGAUGAUGAUGUUAGUGUCAAGUUGCAUUUAUAUGAUCAUUUGCUUGUAUUUGGAACAAAUCUAUGCUGGGGAAUAUGGAGUUCCGAAAAAAUGGUAUUUCCCAUUUACUAAGACUUUCUGGUGUGGUGAACCCGAGUAUUUGGGUGUUGAAGAUUCGAAUACUGACACAAAACGAGAAUACCCCGAAUCUUUUGAAAUCGAACCUGUGGGAAAGCAUGUAGGGCUUCAAAUUAAGAAUUUGACAAAAAUAUUUGGUCAACGAAAAGCUGUUAAGAAUCUUUCGUUGAAUAUGUAUGAAGAUGAAAUAACGGUUUUGUUAGGUCACAAUGGAGCUGGUAAAACAACGACUAUUUCAAUGUUGACAGGAAUGUUCCCACCUUCAUCGGGAACAGCUAUAAUUAAUGGCAGUGACAUUAGAACAAACAUAGAUGGCGCUCGCAUGUCAUUGGGCAUUUGUCCGCAACAUAAUAUUCUCUUUGAUGAUCUUACUGUUAGAGAUCAUUUGGUCUUUUACAGUCGACUCAAGGGUCUUAAAGAUGAUUUAUUGGAAGCGGAAGUUAAGAGGUAUUUACAAAAGAUUGAAUUGGAGAAUAAAGCAAAUGUUGCGUCAUCAAAGCUGUCUGGUGGCAUGAAGCGUAAACUGUCAGUUUGUGCGGCAUUUUGUGGUGGGACUAAAGUUGUUUUAUGUGAUGAACCAAGUUCGGGUAUGGAUCCGGCAGCAAGGAGACAAUUAUGGGAUUUAUUGCAAUCGGAAAAAGUCGGACGGACGAUAUUGUUGACGACACAUUUUAUGGAUGAAGCAGAUGUUUUGGGUGAUCGUAUUGCAAUAAUGUCAGAUGGUGAACUCAAGUGUAUGGGGACAUCGUUCUUUUUGAAGAAGAAAUUUGGCAGUGGUUAUAAAUUGAUUUGCGUGAAAAAGAAAGAAUGCGAUGCAGCCGAAGUAACAAAGCUUCUAAAUCAAUACAUUCCCGAUUUGAAACCUGAAGCUAUUAUUGGUGCUGAAUUGUCAUAUCAACUACCAGAUAGAUAUUCAUCACAUUUUGAAAGAAUGUUCCAUGAUUUAGAAACUCAAUCCGAUGAUUUAGCACUCAACGGUUAUGGUAUUUCGAUAACAUCUUUGGAAGAAGUUUUUAUGAAAGUUGGUGCUGAAAAAUCAAUGUCAUCAACUGUAGCCUCACCAAUAAUGAAUGGCAAUGGAUUUGGAUCUGAUGAUGGUGAAUCUAUGAGUUCUGAUAAUAUGUUUUCGGACAACCAACGACUUCUUAAAGGGCACAAUCUCAUCCUCAGCCAAUGGCGUUCGAUGUUAUGGAAGAAAAUUCUCUACACUAUUCGAAAUAAAAUGUUAUUUGCCAUACAAAAUCUUAUGCCAAUUCUCUUCAUCACGAUGACAAUUUUAGUUUCAUCAAACAGUCACUACGCGGCGCUAAGACCAAUGACAAUGGGUCUCAAUCAAUACCCAUUGACGGUGACGGUAUUAGAAACAACUUCGAAAGUUGCAAAUGGAUCAUUAGAGCAAGCUAUUAGUACAAAUUAUAAGGACAUCAUUAACUCUUAUUCAUCUGGACAUCAACUUCAACAAACUGGAAAUAAAGGCUUUAUAGGUUUUAUGUUGGAUCUUGGUAAAACUCUGCAAGUGCGAAUAAAUUCAAGGUAUAUUGCUGCAGCAACUGUAGAUGCAGGCACUAUAACAGCUUGGCUGAAUAACAAGCCGCUACAUUCAGCACCGCUGACAGUCAACUUAAUUCACAAUGCUAUGGCAAAAACUCUUAUUGGACCUAAAGCCUCAAUAACUAUUACAAACGCUCCGCUGCCAUUAUCAAAAGACUCAACUUUCCAAUUGCUACAGAGUGGCCAGAAUUUGGGAACACAACUUUCGCUGAAUUUAUGCUUCUGUAUGUGUUUUGUCACUGCUUUGUAUGUUAUGUUCCUUAUUAAGGAAAAUCAAAGUCGUGCCAAGCUAUUACAGUUUGUAAGCGGAGUUAAGGUCUUAACAUUUUGGUUCUCACAUUUUGUUUGGGACUACGUUACUUAUAUGCUGACAGCUAUUAUUACAAUACUUACUUUAGCAUGCUUUCAAGAAGAUGGAUAUGCUACUUUUGAUGAAUUAGGUCGAAACCUUGCAAUAAUACUUCUUUUUGGAUUUUCGGCAUUGCCGUUCACCUAUCUUCUAUCAGGAAUGUUCUCCGAACCUGCUACUGGACUUGCUCGACUUUCGAUCAUCAAUAUAUUCUGUGGAAACGCUCUCUUCAUUAUAAUUCUUGUUAUGAGCAGUGAUUUAUUCGACACCAAAGACACAGCUGAUAUAUUGGAAAAAUUCUUUUUAGCUUUUCCACUGUUUUCUUUAGCACAGGGUUUAAAUAAACUCUAUACAAAUUCUCAAACUAGAAAAUUAUGUUUGCAACUUCCAGAAAUUGCUAGAUGUACAUUCUAUAAGAAACAGUGUUGCCCAUUACAAUCAUAUUUCACAUGGGACAGUCCCGGAGUACUUCGUGAAGUUAUUUAUCUGGGCAUUACUACUGUUGUAUUCUUUUUGAUUUUGAUUCUUAAAGAAUAUCGUAUUCUGGGAAAUAUUUGGUACAAGAUUAAAGAAAAAACUACUAAACUACCACCACCGCCAGAAGAUGGAUAUUUCGAUGAGGAUGUUGAACAAGAAAAAAUUAGGGUGGCAAAUAUGUCGUCCUCAGAUAUUGCAGUACAAAAUUUGGUUCUCGAUAAAGUCACAAAGUUUUAUGGCAAAUUUAUUGCUGUUAAUCAAAUUUCAGUUGGAGUUAAACACUCCGAAUGUUUUGGACUACUUGGUGUAAAUGGUGCUGGUAAAACAACAACCUUCAAAAUGCUAACAGGCGACGAAAGAAUUUCAUCUGGUGAUGGCUACGUCAAAGGAUUAAGCUUAAAAAAAGACAUGAAUGCUGUCUAUCAAGAAAUCGGUUACUGUCCACAAUUCGAUGCGUUAUUCGAUGACUUUACUGGACGUGAAACAUUAAAAAUUUACGCUCUACUUAGAGGCAUUCCAGAUAAAAAAAUUCCUCAAGUAUCUUCAGACUUGGGCAAGUCCUUCGGUUUCAUGCAACAUUAUAAUAAGCAAGUUCGAGCUUAUAGUGGUGGAAAUAAAAGAAAACUCAGUACCGCCUUAGCUGUCUUAGGUAGCCCGUCGGUAAUUUAUCUCGACGAACCAACAACUGGUAUGGAUCCAGCUGCACGUCGUCAACUAUGGAAUAUGGUUUGUCGAAUUCGUGAUGCUGGCAAAUCAAUAGUUUUAACAUCACACAGUAUGGAAGAAUGUGAAGCGUUAUGUACGCGUUUGGCUAUAAUGGUCAAUGGAGAGUUCAAAUGCAUAGGUUCAACACAACAUCUCAAAAAUAAAUUCACAAAAGGUUUGAUAUUGAAACUUAAAAUGAGAAAAGGUAGUGAAAAUGAAGCUAUGGAACUUAUGGAAGAGGAUACACAAAAAGUAAUGAGUUUUAUAACGACAGAAUUCUCCGAUGCUGUUUUACAGGAGCGUUUCCAAGGAAUUCUGACAUUCUACAUUCCACUGUCAAGCAUUUUAUGGUCAAGAAUAUUUGGUCUAAUGGAAAGCAACAAAAUUGCUCUAAACAUUGAAGACUACUCAAUAAGUCAGACGACGUUAGAGGAAAUAUUUUUGCAGUUUGCCAAAUACCAGCGCGAUGAUCCGCGUGAAGUCAAGUUUUCAGUAACGGAAAAUAAAAACAAAAUCAAAAUGUCUACAAAUAAUUUUGACAAAUUACGUCUUCUACUAUGGAAGGAUUGGAUUUUACAAUGGAAUCAUAAAUUUCAACUUAUUGUUGAACUUGCAUUACCUGCUGCUUUUUCACUUCUCUUGGUAUUAAUUCGAUCACUUUCUGGUCUCUAUAUGCAAGAUCUUCGAAUUUACAAUACAACUUUUCCCGUCAAUUCUUUACAUAUGCUCGAACAACAUUUAGUGAAUCACAACAUAAGUUUCCACUUGGCCUAUUCCCCAAACACAAAUAUCGUUUUCCAAAACAUCGUUAAAGAAGCAGCACAAAGCUUAAAUCUCACUUAUAGCGGCUAUGCCAACUCAAGUGUCCUACAAAAUGUAAUGCUUAGAGAUAAUUAUUUAGCUGGUAUCGAAUUUGAUGAUUCAUUGGCAAAAACAGCAAAACUUCCAGUACAUUUAAACUAUCGUUUACGCUUUCCAAGUGAAUUACGAACUGCGUAUUCCAGUUACUAUUCCUGGUUUACAAAUGAUUUAUAUUUGCCUUCGGAAUCAGGAGGAUCAAGAAAUUGGUAUGAAGAUGAUGGAGGCAUACCAGUUGGUUAUUUGCGAGAAGGUUUCCUAGCCGUUCAGAAUGCUAUAUCAAUAGCUUUUCUUAAACUGUCAAAUGCCAAAUUAGCCAAAAAUCUACCUGAUGUAGUUUUGCGAAGAUAUCCAUAUUCGGAAUAUGCAAUUGAUCAUUUAUCUGAGGUACUUGGUAUAUUGUUGCCAUUGGUAAUAUUUAUAAGUUUUAUGUAUUCAUCAACUUGGUUAAUUAAGUUCAUCACAGCUGAGAAGGAAAAACAACUUAAAGAAGUCAUGAAAAUGAUGGGUCUGCAGAAUUGGCUUCACUGGACAGCUUGGUUUCUACAAGGUUUCAUUGCAAUGGGAAUUUCAACAUUUCUAAUCGUUAUCAUUUUAACGAACAAAUGGUCUAAUGAAUUACCGGUACUUAUAUACAGUUCAUUUACAGCUGUUCUGUUUUUCUUCUGGGUUUAUACAGCGGCAACUGUGACAUUUUGUUUAAUGGUUGCCACCUUUUUCUCCAAAGCCAAUACAGCGGCUUCUGUUAGCAGCUUAAUAUGGUUUGUCACUUUCAUCCCACAUUUGUAUUUCAACGCAAAUGAGUACGCUUUUCCUGCUGGCAUGAAACUAGGUUGGUCCCUGUUAUGCAACACAGGUAUGGGUCUUGGCGUUCACACGAUUGUUGGACUUGAAGCCAUUGGCCGUGGCUUCCAAUGGUCCAAUAUGUUUAGUCGCAUAAGACCCGAUAAUCCAGUAACAAUGGCUCACAUUAUUGCAGUAAUGUUGUUGUCAUGUGUUUUGAAUAUGAUAAUUUGUUUGUACAUCGAACAAAUUCACCCCGGUGAAUUUGGAGUACCGAAGAAAUGGUAUUUCCCAUUUACCAAAACCUUUUGGUGUGGUGAACAUGAGUAUUUUGAAAAUGAAGAUUCAUGCAGUGGCUCCUGGCGGCAAAACACUGAAGCAUUUGAAGCUGAACCAGUUGGCAAGCGGAUUGGUUUGGAAGUGAAACAUUUGAGUAAGUCAUUUGGUCAAUCGAAAGCUGUCAAAGGGGUUUCGAUGAAUAUGUUUGAAGAUCAAAUAACGGUUUUGUUGGGACACAAUGGUGCUGGUAAGACAACAACAAUUUCUAUGCUGACAGGAAUGUUUCCACCCACAUCGGGGACGGCCAUUUUGAAUGGAUGUGACAUUCGAACGAAUAUUGAUGGUGCUCGUGCGUCAUUGGGUAUUUGUCCGCAGCAUAAUAUUUUGUUUGACGAAUUAACGGUUAAGCAGCAUUUGAUCUUCUAUGGUCGAUUGAAAGGUAUGAAGGGGGAUGCCUUGGAGACCGAGGUGAAUACUUACAUAAGGAAAAUCGAACUGGAGAGCAAGGCAAAUGUAGCUUCAUCGUCGUUGUCGGGUGGAAUGAAGAGGAAACUGUCAGUUUGUGCGGCAUUUUGUGGAGGCAGCAAGGUUGUUUUGUGUGAUGAACCGAGUUCGGGUAUGGAUCCAGCUGCAAGAAGACAGUUAUGGGAUUUAUUGCAAGCUGAAAAAACUGGUCGAACAGUUUUGCUGACAACUCAUUUUAUGGACGAAGCUGAUGUAUUGGGUGAUCGGAUUGCAAUUAUGUCAGCUGGAGAAUUGAAGUGUAUUGGAACACCAUUUUUCUUGAAGAAAGUUUUUGGUAGUGGUUAUUUGUUGGUUUGUGUUAAGAAAAACACUUGUAUUACAUCGAAAGUGACACAACUUUUGAGGAAAUACAUUCCUGAUUUGAAACCUGAAUCUGACAUUGGUGCUGAAUUGUCAUAUCAACUUCCUGACAGAUAUUCAGCACAUUUUGAAGAUAUGUUCCUAGCGCUUGAAACAAAAUCUGAUGAACUGUCACUUAAUGGCUAUGGUAUUUCGAUAACAUCCCUGGAAGAGGUUUUUAUGAAAGUUGGUGCAGAAAAACACGCAGAAGUCAAAACGAAUGAAAGCAACAAUGGUUAUCAUGCGUUGAAUGGAAUAAGCGAAUCGCUGAGUGACAAGCAUCUUGUAAAAGGUUUAAGCCUGACAGCUAACCAAUGGCGGGCUAUGAUGAUGAAAAAGUUUCUAUUCUUCGUGCGAAAUAAAUUACGGUUCUUGGUUCAAAAUGGCUUACCAAUUCUAUUCAUAGCCUCAAUUUUGAGUAACGGAUCGGUGCAUUCCUUCUCUAACUUAAAUCCAAUGACAUUUGGAUUACAACAGUAUCCAGAAACAGUGACAGUUCUGGAGACAACCUCAAAUGUCAAAAAAUCGUCAUUAGAGUGGAGUAUAAGCAAAAGUUACAAGGACUAUGUGAACGCACAGGGAAGUGGUCAUCAUCUACAAGAAAUUGCCAAAGACCCUUUUAUAGAUUACAUUUUGAAUCUCGCACAAACUGAACAAUGGGAAAUUAAUUCCAAGUAUAUAGCUGCAGCAACAGUGGACGAUAAAAUGAUUACGGCAUGGCUAAAUAAUCAGCCGUUGCAUUCAGCUCCGUUGACACUUAAUAUUAUUCAUAAUGCUAUGGCAAGAGCACUUAUUGGACCAGAUGCUUCUAUAACUGUAACAAAUUCUCCCCUACCAAUUAUAUGGCAUGAUACAUCACAAAGUAGUUCGGGACCUUCUCGUGAAUCACUUGCUUUUGAAGUAGCCAUUAUUGUUGGAUUUUGCAUGUGUAUUGUCAGUGCUUUUUAUGUUAUAUUCAUUAUAAGAGAACGUGUUAGCCGAGCUAAAUUGCUACAAUUUGUUAGCGGAGUUAAAGUUACAACAUUUUGGCUAUCGCAUUUUGUGUGGGACUUCUUGACGCUGAUGAUAACUUCAAUUGUUAUAAUUUUGACACUGUUAUAUUUCCAAAAAGAGGGAUUGACUACAUUUGCGGAAUUAGGUCGAUACUUUGCAUUACUUUUACUCUUUGGCUGUUCAGCUUUACCAAUGACUUACAUUUUGGCAUACUUAUUCACCGAAACCUCAACUGGACUUUCAAGACUUUCUACUAUCAAUUUAAUUCUUGGCGUACUUCUCUUCGCGGUCAUCUUUAUUUUACGUCAGAUGAACAAAGAAGUCGUAUACGAAGUAUUCAGUCUAAUGUGUCCACAUUUUACCCUUACCCAAGGAAUCUAUAAACUUACAGAGAAUUUCAAUCAAAGAAAAAGAUGUGAAAUUCAAGAUUAUAAUCCUUGUUCUGAAAUGGUUCCCUAUUUCGCUUGGAAGUAUCCUGGAGUACUUCGUGAAGUUGUUGGUUUCAUUGUUUCAGGUGUUAUCUAUUUUGUUUUACUUCUUCUUAAAGAUUAUCGUUGUUUCGAUAAAGUUUUAUACAAAUUCAAUGAAAUGAUGAGAAAACCACCGCCAUUAUUAAGAGGCAACAAUAUCGAUGAAGAUGUCGAAGAAGAGAAAAAACGAGUUGAAAAUAUGUCAUUUUUAGAAAUUUCCACACAAAAUUUGGUCCUAGAUAAGUUUUCGAAAUUCUAUGGUGGAUUUCUAGCUGUCAAUCAGAUUUCUGUUGGAGUUAAACAAUCGGAAUGUUUUGGACUUCUCGGAGUUAACGGUGCUGGCAAGACUACAACUUUCAAAAUUCUAACAGGUGACGAGAGAAUCUUUUUGGGUGGAGCUUAUGUCAAGGGUAUGAGCUUGAAAACAAAGAUGCGUAAGGUAGACCAAGAAAUCGGCUACUGUCCUCAAUUCGACGCCCUAUUCGAUGAUCUUACGGGACAGGAAACUCUUAAACUCUUUGGUUUGCUUCGAGGAAUUCCAGUUGACAGAAUCUCAGAUGUUUCCCUGGAACUUGCCAAGUCUUUCGGAUUCACCCAGCACUACGAGAAACCAGUGCGAGCUUACAGUGGUGGCAAUAAAAGGAAACUUAGUACAGCAGUGGCAAUCAUGGGUGGGCCUUCGGUACUGUAUCUUGACGAACCAACGACUGGAAUGGAUCCGGCUGCACGUCGUCAAUUAUGGAAUGUUAUUUGUCAAUUCCGUGAUUCCGGAAAGACAAUCAUACUCACCUCACAUAGUAUGGAAGAAUGUGAGGCAUUGUGUACUCGGUUGGCAAUCAUGGUCAAUGGAGAGUUCAAGUGUAUAGGCUCUACACAGCAUUUGAAAAACCGCUUUAGCAAGGGUUUAGUUUUGAAGUUUAAAAUGAGGAAGAUUCCUGAUAAUAUGCCAAUGGAUUUGAUAGAAGAAGAUAUUCAGAAUGUAACUGAUUUUAUUACCAAAGAAUUUCCCGAAGCUCAUUUACAGGAACGUUUCCAGAGAAUUCUGACUUUUUAUAUUCCUUUGUCAAGUAUUUCAUGGUCAAGAGUAUUCGGAUUGAUGGAGAAAAAUAAAGAAGUUUUAAAUAUUGAAGACUAUUCAAUAAGCCAAACAACUUUGGAAGAAAUUUUCUUACAAUUUGCUGAAGCUCAGCGAAAUGAUACAAGAGAUCAUAAGAAAAAAUGUUUAGGGUUUUGUUAAAUGAAUUUUAUUUUUUGUAUUUAUUUAUUUUUUAAAAGA